AUGGUUAGGAACUUUCUUGAGAAGAACAUUAUGGUGGAUAUGGCUCUUGUUGAUCUCCAUGUGAAGAGAGGGAGGCUGAGGAUUGGUCGAAGAUUGUUUGAUAGGAUGAAGGACAUGAACUUGAUUUCAUGGAGCAGAAUGAUCUCAGGUUAUGGAAUACAUGGCUUUGGAAAGGAUGCUCUUGAGCUAUUUGCUAAAAUGAAAAGUCAAAUAAGACCCGAUCACAUUGUAUUUGUUGUUGUUCUUUUAGUUUGUAGCCAUUCGGGCUUGAUCAAUGAAGGGUGGCAAUGCUUUAAUUCUAUGGAGAAAGAGUUUGGAAUCGUUCCUAGAGCAGAGAAUUAUGCUUGUAUCGUUGAUCUCUUGGGGAGAGCAGGAAAGCUUAUAGAAGCUCGUAAUUUUAUAGAAGGAAUGUCGAUACAAUCAGACUCGAGUGUUUGGGGUGCAUUGCUUAGAGCUUGUAGAAUGCAUCCAGAUGUAGAGAUUGCAGAAUUAGCAGCAAGAUCUCUUUUUGAGCUUGAUGCCAAGAACUCGGGACGCUACAUUCUCUUGUCGAAUGUUUACACAUCUUUGGGUAAGAUUGAAGAGGCCAAUAAAAUUCGAUCAUUGAUGAAAAGGAAAGGAUUAAAGAAAACAGCUGGUUACAGUGUUGUAGAGGUGAAAAACAAGGUCUACAAGUUCUUAGUUGGGGCCAUAACAAUUAAUAAAAGUGGAUAUUAA